UCCUGACAAUAGGCUGCAGGCGCAGAGGGUGAUGAUCAGCGGACAUGGUGUAUGUCCUGGGCAUGCUGAAUGACUCUGUGCUGCCCAAUGCCAGCCUGGGGGACAGCAGGGGCCCCACAGUACCCGGCCUCAGCAGGACAGCUCACAAUGUGGUGGCUGUGUGCCUGGGCUGCAUCCUGGUGCUGGGAUUCCUCUACAACUUUCUGGUGCUGCUGAUCUAUGUGAAGUUUGAGGCGGUGAGGACCCCCAUCAAUAUGAUCCUGCUGAACAUCAGUGUCAGUGACCUGCUGGUCUGUGUCUUUGGGACCCCCUUCAGCUUUGCAGCCAGUGUAUCUGGUGGGUGGCUCAUAGGACAGCAGGGAUGUAAGUGGUAUGGCUUCUGCAACUCCUUGUUCGGCAUUGUUUCCCUCAUCUCCCUUUCGAUGUUAUCCUAUGAGCGCUACCUCACAGUGCUGAAGUGUUCAAAAGUUGAUGCCUCCAACUACAAAAAUGCUUGGAUUUGUAUUGUUGGAUCUUGGAUCUAUUCUCUCUUCUGGACAUUACCUCCCCUUUUUGGCUGGAGCAGUUAUGGACUUGAAAGCUCGGGUACCACCUGCUCAGUAGUAUGGCACUCAAGGUCACCCAACAACGUAUCAUACAUUGUGUGCCUCUUCCUGUUCUGCCUGGUCCUACCACUAAUCAUCAUGAUAUUCAGCUAUGGACAUAUUGUUCGAAUUAUGCGAGGGAUGUGUAGGAUUAACCUCACAACAGCCCAGAAGAGGGAGCACCAUCUAUUAUUUAUGAUUGUGUGUAUGGUCACCUGCUAUUUAUUCUGCUGGUUACCGUACGGUUUGGUCUCCUUGAUCACAACAUUCGGAAAGCCCGGAGCAGUCCCUCCUACAGUCAGCAUCAUACCAUCCAUUCUCGCCAAGACCAGCACUUUUCUUAAUCCUCUUAUUUAUAUUUUUAUGAAUAAGCAGAUCGAAGAGGAAAUUAACUUAAACGAUGAUUACAUAUUCCUACGAAAAAUACAGAAAUGUAUGAAACGAGAAAAUGUGGAUUCUUCUUUACUGAGCUGCGAAGCGAUUUUAGCGAAACUCCAUCACCUAAUCUCAGAGAUCACUCAGCCAGCACCUCCUGAAGCAGGACAUGAAAAGUUAACAGAUAAUAAACAGAUACCAAGUCCUUGGCCUUACAUAGGAGGGAAUGACAUUGUAUUAAAGAAAGGAGAAGUCGUUGCUAUACAUCUUGUGGGAGACAGACCCAACAGUACCAAAGAUGCUCUUCGCUGGCAAGAAAAAGGGUAUCUAACCACAAAAUCUCAGAUAUCACAUACAAAUGGAAAAUUACGAGUGGAAAGUCCUGGCGUAUAUUAUGUGUACUCCCAAGUCACUUUUAGUGCAUCUACACAGUUCCCAAAGGCUCCAUUUGUGCAAUACCUCUAUAUGCAGAGACCGCAUGAAACGGAAAGGCUUUUGUUGAAAGGAGCGAAUACCCUUGUAUCACAACCCUCUGGCCUGCACUCAUCCCAGUUAGGAGCCGUGUUUACAUUCAAGAAGAACGAUUUUAUAUUUGUUAACGUGACAGAUCCAUCAUGCAUCGAUUACAGUCCUGAAUAUACGUACUUUGGUAUGUUCAAGCUCGCAGAAACAUCAUGAUCUGUAACCUACAUUCUAAUAUAGAAGUUCGACGCAUCGGUCAUUUGUUGUGUGUGUGUUUUAGUUAAAAACAGAUUUCUUGGUAUUGCUAGAUACAAAAAUUUCAUAUGGCAACUACAUUGAGUAUGACAACUUUUUCUAAGCAGUUCUACUGGCCAUAAAAUGUUUUACUCUAUUAGUUAUAGACCUCAUGCGCAUGGUUACACCUAUACAUCAGCAAAGUGCCUACAGUUCUGUGAUCUGCAUCGCCAUGCUGCUGUAUGGUGGCUCCAUGAGGCACCAUAUGGUUCCAUACAAGAAUACCUCAGUAAUAGGCAUGUGAUGGAGAAUUCAAUCAAUAUUUUUGUAAGAAAACAAAUUUGGAAGCAUAUGGAGGUAGGAUUCAGGGUUUUUUAUGAGCACCAUACUACUGGUCCACACAACAUGGAUCUGUAACACACCACCAUGAGUACUUAUCUAGGCACUGUCACUUAAAAAAAAAAAAAAAAAAUUUGAAAUGUCAUAGAGACUAAUUACUAGAUGUCUUUACAUUAUGUCAAAGGGCUUUUUUUAUGUGGCAGGAACACUUUAACUAUGCAAAAGACUCAACCCAGCAUGCAUGUGUGCUCAGUUUAGAGAGAGAAGAAAGUUGCUGCCAGUUGCAAUGGUUUAUCUCCCUGAGAAUAAAAGCAUCAAGCAUCAGUUGAGAUCACACUGCUUGAGCCUUAUCUUAUCUUCUUGACAUCUGCCAUCAGGAAAGAGUUGGAAGGCUUCUAUUUACCUUAAAUAGUGGCUGACCCACCAAAAUGUGUGAAUACAGUUGAUAUGUAUCUGGGUGUAGGUAGCUUUCCCUAGUUUAUCUAUGCCAAUCUCUGCCAUAAGCUAAGAAUGUAUUGGGAUGUAAUCAUAAACUUCUUCCUUGGUCUCACCAGUCAAGGCACUUUUAAACAGGCCAAUCCGUACACCAUAACAAGUGUCAAUCUCCGAGGUGGGCAAAGGCUUCAAAAGGCUUGAUCAACCAUUUGCCCAGGGCGUUGUGCAGCCGAUAGCAAUGAUUUGAUUGGCAACACAUAAGAUUCAAUCACCCGAAAAAUGAGCAUUUCUACAAACAUUUCCCAAUAAUCAGUCCAAGUAAAUCCAUGACUGUGAGAUAAUUCUAUGUAUAAAUAUAGAUCUACAUAAAUAAGAGCAUAGCUAUAGAGGUACAGAGGUAGGCCACAGAGGAAAAUACCAUGCAAAUGUUAUAGCUGGAGCAUUGUAGGUGCCAAAGUUGAUAGCGAUUUUUCAUCGGGGCCCAAGUUACACCUCUGGUUUUUAGGAUCCCUAGAAAUUAAUUUCUAAAGGUGUGGAAAAAAUUAGAAGAUGUUCUCUUAACAUUUUUCUUGCAUAUAAUGUUGUAGUUCUGAAUGAAGGGUUGAAAUGUGUAGUAAAGAAUGUUGAGUUCAGUUAAAAACAAAAACAAAAUGAAAUUAUAAGACACAUUCCAAUGCCAAUGGUGUAAAGUGUACAUGCUACCACUAUGUGAUUGAUGUUUUGAUCUAUACUUUGAUAAAGAAAUAUUGUAAAAAGACAUAACAUACAGUAAAGAAUUCCUUUGUUAGUCUGUAUACUUCAAAAGCAUCUUUCUCAUGACAUCUGCCCGCCUCAGGCAUCCCUGCAUUUUUUAAAUUCUGAGUCUUCAUACUUUCUAUGAACCCGAUCAGCCCUGAAGGGUAUGCCCACCUAUUUGACUCCUUCAGUGUAUUUACAGUAAAAGAAACUUUACAAAUAGUCUUGACUAAAACUAUCCUGAAACUAUCCUGCUGAUUUGUGCAGAUAGCUCCUGUGUUACCAUGUCCCUUCUAUCUAGCAAAUGACUGAUUGCAACAUAAGACUAAACACGACUGCAAGAUUGGACUUAACCCCUGCAUUCUUCAAAAUGGAGCCAGUCUCUUUCCUCUCAGUGCUCAGUUUCCCACCUUCUAAGACAUACUAAUCUUGGCAGUGACGGGCCACUCAGUAAAUCAGCAGCCACAGGAGUGUCUCACCUCAACCGGUGAUUGGUUCACCGGGCCAUCACCGCUAAGACUAGUACGUCUCAGAAGGUGGGGGUGAAGCGACAGGCCCUGAAGAAGAGACAGGCUCUGUUCUGGAGAUCAUGGUUGGUCCCAGUAGUCAGACUCCCCAGACCUUACCCCCAACCGCACAAUCAGACACUUAUCCCCUAUCCUGUUUAUAACCCCUUUAAGCAUACUGGCCAAGGAUAUGCCAAAAGAAUACCCUUUAAGUGUACGGUGGGAUUUAUAGGGGCUUAUUGACAAAUGCAGUAUGUGCAUCAGAAGCUUUGCCAAACAUGAAGUAGAGCAUGAUGUGAACGGAGUCUUAUUCUUAUUAUUUACACAGGAGAUAAACCAUAUUCUUUUCUCCUGCAGGAGAAAUGUGGUCAUUCAAAUGAUAUGAGCAUUGUUAAUGGCUCUCUCUCCUUAAUAGAGCAUAAGGACAGGGUUUGUCCUCAUUGGACCAUCCCUUAUGCUCUUAUAUACAGCACUACAUUAGAAUGUCGUCCCAGAGAAGUCAGAUUAUCUUAUAUCCCAGGCUUUGUCAACUGUAUUGACACCCACCAUUACUUAAUAAAAAAGUGAAGAAAGUGUUUUACGUUGGGUGUCCAAAAAAUAAAUCUGUGCUAUGACUAAAUGAUAUGCAAUCUCUAUGAGAUACAAAUGCAGGGUGGUUAGAAGGUAUAUGACAAGUUGUAUAGACAAGAAUUUCUUUGCUUAUUAUGUACAUUAUAACUAUUUAUAACUUCAUUCAAUUGUUAUAUUCUUAUCAAUGCAAAAGAAAUAAAUUGUACAGUUUUUAAGUUAUUGCCACUUA